AUGAAGGAAUUGUCGCUGGAUGGAUUGUCGUUGCAACAAGAUGCGUCGUCCAUCUUGCAAUCCUUCUCACCCUUGGCGACGCGGGAGCAGAUUGGCCAUGGCACGCUAAGCUUGAUUCGACUGGCUGGCGUGUCGGUGGGUGUGGCAGAGAGCCAGAAGAGCGACAGCAUUCCUUCUUCUUCGAAGAUUUUGUCAGAGUAUGAGAAGCUGGAAAGGGAGAUCGAGAAGAGAUUGAUGAGGAGGUCAGGUGAAGAUGAGAAGGAGGAAGAGGAGGGGCCAAAGCUCAGGUUGUCGGCCUUGAGAGCGCUCGAUGUGCUCGUUGCUGCUGUGCCGGACAAAUGCGCGGCGUCCAUAUCUCGGCUCUUGCCAGAUCUGCUCAGCAACGUAGAGGCAGCACUGGAUCACGAUACAUCAACCGCAGCCUCAGACUCGCCCGAGGCUUCCACAUCCCUCGGAGCAGAGACCAUCUGGUCGAGCGCAGAGCUGCAAUCAGUCGCGCAACUAUUCAGCUCACUCUGCUCUCACGCCAAUUUCAGAAAGCUGCUCUCGCAAUCUUCACACUUUGUGCAAUGGGCCUGCGAUGUGGUGGAUGCUGCCGAACUGCAACAUUCUCCGCCAUCGAGCGUACUAGCUCGAGCAGCUCUAGCCGUCGGUCUGUCUCUCCUGAAACUGAGCGGUGCAACACCAAUGGAGAACAGUCGGGGCGAUUUUCCUCCGUCGAAGGUCAAACGAAGAGCGACAGGCGUGGAGGAGGAGGAGGAGAUCAGGACAGAGGGUGUUCAAGCGAAGGGAGAGAGCGAAGCGGAAAAGGAGCUGAAGAGGAAAGAAGAAGCGGAAUUGAGAACGUCUGUCAGAGCUUUGGCAAAGGCACAGCUGAUCGACAGCCUUUCGCAUGGCCCUACGUCUCUGCCCAUUCAGCAUAUAUCAGAAGCGCAGCGGGAAUCCCUCAAAGCGUUCAUCGAGGAGCUAAGAGACUCGGCACAUAUGCUCGCUCUGGAAGCUCUGGCGCAUCUCGCUAGUGAUCCGCAAGAGAAGGUGGCAAUUAUAGCGGAUGAUGAGCUUCUACAAGCACUUUGUAGUAGCGAACUGGGUCCCAUCAAGUCGUUGGGCGCACGAAGAGCAGUCUUUCCCAGUCGAGGCAGUGACGUGUCGGGAUCUUCUACCCAGGCAAGGACUCGAGACGCUUCCAGCUAUGCUGUGGACCCCUACAGUGCGCAGACAAGAGCGGACGGAGCUGCAAUCUACGCGCUUGCGAGCCUUUUCGGCUCUUUGGCUGCCUAUCCACCCGUGCUGUCCGCUCAAGAAAAGCAAAUGCUAGCACUUCGCUGCAAAGCUUCUGGCGCAUCCCCACCCGCUGAAGAGUCGCCUGCCGUUCUAGAAACGAGAAUGCUCAAGCUCGUCGCUACUGGCGCAGGACAACAAUUGACGAGGCUGAGCAUCGCUGCGGUGUCGGCGGGAACAGAGAAGGGCACGAGCGCGACAAGGAUCGCUGUAGGCUUGAGUCUAUUGGGAUUGACGACGCCGCAAGAUCGCAAAGUCAGAGCCAAGCUGGUGCAGGACGGCUGUGCCAGAGCGCUGCUCUCUUUGAGCUCUUCGGCGCUUCCUAUCGUCACGAAUCUGCAAGAGCCUGCUUCUGCAGGUUCAAUGUCGACGCAAGAUAAAGAUGCUCUGCUCCUUGCGCCUCUCCAAGCUCUAGCUCGAUUAUGCAUUAGUCUGCCCCCUCAACUCAUGUUUCCUCUGGCCGUCGCCCCUCUUCAGAGCAUCGCUGCGCUCUUUUUGAGCCCCGCAAGCAACGCACUGCAGCGCUUCGAGGCUUGUCUAGCACUGACGAACUUGGCAAGCUUGCCUGAGCUAGCCGCGACAGUCGCAAAGUCCCGCUUGGACCGUUCUGCUUCGACGAACGCGAGCGCAUCGAAGCUCCAGGAGCCUCACAGUGUGACGGUCAGCGAGGCUUUGUACGAUCGCAUCGCCAGUCCUAACCUGUUGGAGCGCCGAGCGGCCGUAGAGUUGGUCUGCAACCUUUGCCAAGAUGAGAGCGUUGCUGCGCAAUGGAAUGGGGAGGUGGAGGAUGAAAGAGCAUCCACUUCCAACCGGCCCAUUUCGGAUCUCAAAGUAGACAUUGGCAAAUCAGCAGCUACGGCUCGCAUACACAUCCUCUUGGCUCUAUGCGCCGUGUGCGAAGCAGCGCAGGAAGAGGGCACAGAUGCGAUCGAUGCUGCGCAAGAACGUAAGAGCGCAUUGCCACUCAGAUUGGCAGCUUCGGCUGCGCUAGCUGCGCUCCUCUCUUCGCCGUCGGGAUGCAAAAGACUGCUGCAUCUUCGUCCACGAAGCCUCAACAUCCUAGCGCGUCUUUUGCAGCCGGGCACAUCAGUGCGAGCGGCCAAAAUCUCGGCUUUGGAGGAGGAGGAGGAGCAGGAAGAGGGAGAGGAUAGCGAGACGCGUACGAGUCUGAGCGCGGAAGAGGAGAUCAAGAUGGAAGAGGAGGAUGCGAAAGUCAUGCCUCAUCCGCUCGGGCCUGUUGGAGCAAGAAGAGACCUGCGCACGAGAGCUUUGGCUUGUAUAGGCUGUCUGGGCCAAUAUGCGACCUGGCUAGCCGACACGCAUGAGACGGCGCAGCUUCAUCAGGUCGGGCAGACACUGGCUCAGAGCGGAAUCGUGGACGCUGUGCUUGGCGCAGGAAAACGUCUGCGAGAAAUGUCAGAGGAAGAAAGAAGUAUGUGGAGAGAGAUCAUAGAGCACUUCAGAAGAGGUAGGAUCUCGCUCGACCAAGCACGAGAGUAG